AUGGCAAACUCAACACUUUCUUCCCCACUUCGGGGGAAUUGUCCCGCACCUUUCUUCGAUGCUGCGCAGUUUGGCUUCGGCGGUUCUGUGGAGGGACGGUUCUGUGCCCCCAUUCCCAACUUGGGGGAUUGCUGUCUUCCUUGCCCUGCUACCGACUAUAUAUAUCCUGACGACUUCAAGAAAUGGUAUCGUGCUGCUGAAGCGCUCAACCUAGCUGGCCUUGUGUGCAUGGUCUUUUUGUUGGUGUCUUUUAUAUGUCUACCUGCUGAGCAGACACGUCGACACUAUCUAAGUUACUGUUUGAUUGUCGCUGCGAUGUUCUUGGCCCUUGGAUUCGUCAUCCCUUUCGGUGCAAGACCAGAACAAUGCUACGAUGAAAUCACGCCAAACGACAUGUACUCCAGCCUUACGUGCGCAUUCUCUGGCGCCUUCAUCAUCGCUGGUGGCAUGUCCAUCGCCGUCUGGAUUUUCAUUCGCGCCUUAUCAAUGCACCUUCAGAUCUGUUGGGACGUCAUGCCGGGAAAGAGAUUCUUCUACUGGGCGCAAGGUCUUGGCUGGACUGUUGCAGCAGCCUUCUUUACUGCUACCAUCACUGUGACAGGUGUAUCGUUCCGUUUUGGCGAUGUGUGCCAUGUCAAUGCCGCCCAUUCGCUCGCCGAUUUCUGGGGCCCUCUCCUUGCCAUUGCCGGCGCCGCGACAUUGGUCCAGCUUGCGACUUUCGGUUACUGCAUCAAAGUAUACCUACAGAGCAUGUGGAAUGACGACAAGACCGAAACGCAAAGCAGCAUGGGAUUGCCCUCGUACACCAACAGCGUCAAAACCCGAUCACCGCGUGCGAUCUACCGCCGUGUGCGCAAGGUCGUCUAUCUUCAAUGGCGUGGAAUCACCAUCGUGGUCUUUAUUCUGGUAGAUGUCGUAUUCUUCUCGAUUGUUUUCAUCUGGCUCAACUCGAUCACCGCUCAUGCUACAGACGAUCUCCAGCUUGCGAUGCCUUUCCUGGUUUGCCUGAUAUCGAACCCAGCGGACCACGAGGAAUGCUCGCCUCUCGCGGAGGCGCUGUUUGUGAACAAGUCGACAGUGAUUGCGGUUUUGCUUAUGUUAUCUUUGGCUGGCCUUCAAGUCUUCAUCCUCUUGGUCCGUGGGUCCAUGUUUACAGGAUGGUUAGAUCUGGUCCGAUGCAAGUUUGGCAGCAAGCGGGAGUUUGUGUCUCUCGACGCCCACAAGUACGCAGUUGGCGAACAUCAGUUCGAGCUUUCCCAGGUUCAACCCAGCAUUGCCGCAUACCCAGGCACCCACAGUGCAGACGUUAGCCCGAUAAGUCCGUCGAAAGAGAAGAAUGACAUCGAACCAUACCGACGCUCCGUUACCGCUACACCGGAACACUUUAGUAGAGAAGCCACCCGCGAGUACACAACGCCCAACCUGAGCUUCUCCGCCCCGCGAGCUCCAUCUCAGGCCGUGACACGGGCUGAAUGGGACCCACGCGCAACUCACGCAAGAGGUGGUCUAGGGUUUCAUCCGCCGGUGUAUGAGGAAGAAUACAGGGCAGACAACAAGAUUUGA